UUAGUCUGUACCAAGCGGCUGUUACGUCUUGUUCAUCAUCAAACACAGUAGUACUACUCCACAGACGACAGAGAUAGGGAGAUGGAAAAUAGCGAGAAAAGGAGAGCGAUAACGGCCAACAAAGAGCAACAAUAUCGCCGCCAGACCGCACCGUUUGAUGUAGCCUUCGUUCGGAGCGAUCUGGCUGGCGCAGAGUUAGCAAGCAGAGUGAGCGAAAGAACCUUCGCCAUGAAUGGAAACGCAGAGAGACUACCGCAGCAUCCUCCCAGUGAAGUUCGCGAGGGGUGGAAAAUGCUUACCACGAGUACUCCUGGCCGACGUCUCGCUUUUCACCGCACUUUUCCGCGCGCGCCAUGUACAUAAACGACCAAUAAGGGAGGAGUUAGCUUAGGGCUUACAAGUGGCAAAGGUAACAAAUGUGGACUUUCGACAUCAAGAGAGGACGAAUCAUAGAUUUCCGAUUGCAUGAAUUUUCGCCCCGAUCGUCAGUUGCUGUCAGCGAGAAUACGCAGGCAGCAGUAGCAGCCCGUCAGGCAGCAGCACAAGCAUCAGUGUGACGAGGCUUCGGUGUCGAAAGAUUGGCAGUUGUGUCAACGGAACUGGCGAAGGUGUUGGCUGGUGUGUUCGGUGUGUUCGAUGUGACGGAGUGAUUUCUAGUAGCAGAACGAACGACCGUCACCGAAGUUGUUGAUGAGGGCCAGUGGCAUACCGUCGGAUUAACGCAGUGUAUUAUUUGCCAAGCAAGACAGCUUCUUCUUGGGACCAAAAGGCACUUUAUGUGAAGAUAUCACGCAUCAAAGAGCUGAAGUGAAAAAGUGCGUUGAACCAGGGCCAAGCUCGAGACCAAGAAAUUCGACGACAAAAAAUACAUUCUUCAAUAAAAACAAUUGCUGCGCGUCAUUUCUCCAUGGUGUGCAAUUGCACUUUUUGCAUUGGAUGUUGCUGUGAGUGCAUUUGUUGGUUUGAGCGUGUCGGAAGUUAAUUAAGUUUCGAACAGAAUUCCGAUUGUUCCGUACCGUUCUCUGUAUAUGUUGAGGAUUGUUUAGACGAGUUUUGGUGACUCUGCAAGUACGUGUGACUCCAUAGCCUCGGAUAGUUUUUAUUUCAUCUUGUGUGGUGUGCUUUUUUGUGGACGAACAAAGAACAUUUGGAAAAUCAGUGCAAUAAACGAAUGUACGGCUGAUAGUGGGAAGUGUCACUAAGCCCUUCGAUUUGGAUUUGGCAUUGUCUUGUAUGGUCUGGUCGAAUUCGCAAUAGGCAAUAGACUAUUAGCGAAUACACUCGUGAAGUUGCAUACUGUUGAGGGUUUGAUUCUUCAACGCCUGAUGAUAGCAUAGAACCGCGAACGAGACCGGACUAAUCCUGCACGUCAAGAGUCAAUGUGAUGCUAAUAGUAGUACAUCCUACUGAACAGAGGUUUUGUGCAAGUGGUUUUGAAUGUUUCGGUUCAGCAAGAAAAACGGUAAUAUGGACAGCUCGACCGUACUGCAAGAUAACAAGAGUGGAUUCAGUAAAGGUUCCAUUGCGGAUUUCUACGAUAAGCUUGAGAAGGAUGAUGGAGGUCGAUCAUUCGGCAUUGAUGAUGCUACUCACGGAGGAUUAGCUCGCAUUGAGAAUGGAAUGUCCGGAAAAGGUGGUAAGAUUGUAUGUGGUGUCAAUUGAUAUGGUUAUGUUCAUCAUUUUCAAUGUUGUUUUGAUUCUCAUUCUCGUCCUCAUCGGAGCUCACCCAUUUCGUGUUAUUCGCCUCAAAAUCGACUUUUACAUGGCCUCCACAGCAUGUGAACGAAAGUUCGAGUUCCUCAGCCAGGAAAGCUCAGAAUCUCGGUCUGAUAUGCGUAGUAUGCGGAGAUACCAGCUCUGGAAAACACUAUGGCAUAUUGGCUUGUAAUGGAUGCUCGGGGUUCUUCAAGCGCAGUGUUCGAAGAAAAUUAAUUUAUCGCUGUGCAAAAUGAGCGUCAACCACGAAAUACAGCAACAAUCCGGCCGGAAGCUCUGCGGGAUAUGGAGCAGGGUCGGGCCUUGCGAGAAGCAGCCGUUGCCGUCGGAGUGUUUGGGCCUCCAGUUUCGUUGGCACUGCUUUCACCGUCCCGCUACGGUCCUAGUAUCUUGCCAACACCCGCCUUACCGACCAGUCAAUUUCUGCACCAUCACAGCCAGGUGUCCUCGCUGGUAAAUAGUCUACCACACCACCAUCCUCACCAUCCACAUCAUGCCGCUAUGCAUGGUCUAGGCAUGAAUCUCAACGGUGUCGGUAUGCAGGGACACAACGGAACGUCCGGUUUGAUGCAUUCGGCUGGAAAUGGCUCCGAUCGAGACCGAGACACCGUCGUUCCGAUGAACAGCAGCAGUGGUGAUAGCAACAACAACAAAAACCCUUCGUCCGGUUCGACCGAGAACCUCAAUACGACAUCGUCCUCUAACCAUUCGAUGGCCGGCGAUCAGUCACCUAGUGGAGGAGGUUCACCUGCCCACGGGACGUCAGCGAAUGGACUCGGAACAGGUGGUUGUCCCACCAUUUGUUUGAUGGAACUUUUAUCACUUUUAAUCACAAUUGACUGUUGCGCAAUCAGCAUCCUUCCAUCCGCAUUCCAUCCAUCGGGAACUCGAGAGAAAGUCAUAAAAUGAUAUAAUCAUAAUUUAAUCGAUUACUUGGUUGAUCGAGAACCAUUGUGUGGAGAAAUAGCAUACAGGCUCAUAGGAAAGCUUCGAUUUUCGGUAAAAUUAAUUUGACUAAUGAGAAUCGGUACCACACGGCGAAACCGUCGGAUGCCACGAGGUGCCGAAGAGUUACCCCAGAGGACAUAAAAUAACUAUUUGUCACUUUCUCGGGGUGGUUUAAUAUCGCAUAAAUAAUUGUUCCUCGUACCAUUUGCUGGAAUGGUCGUCGGGACUAGUUGGUUUGGGAGUUGGUAUUGUAGGGCGAGUCAUAGUUUCAUAGGAGGCUACGAAAUGUGUCGGGGUCGUGCGAUCCCUUUACAUAAAAGGGUAAAUAGGGAGACAGUGUGGUCAGAGAUAGACUGGAAGUUCAGUGAGUUUCAGUAUACAAGCAAGGGUAGAGUUGGUAAAUCAUUAUGCUGUUAUGCUAAAUGAUUCCGUCGUCUGGAAAAAGGAUACCGGAGGAUUAUGGCAUUGCCAAUGUUGUUUUGUCCUGAUUCGUCCGAGUGCGUUUGACAAUUAUGAUGAAAGUUAUGAUCAUAUCCCUUCAGAAUGUGAAUUACAUCUGUAAUUCGGAAUGGUAGCUUAAAUAAAAGAAAUUAAUCAGUGUCCAGUAAUGGAUAUGAAAGUAUUCAAGAUUAAGUUAUGUCACUUAAGUUCAACUGUUUAAAAAUCGUGAAUAAAUAUAUUAAAACAAUUAAUGCUAACUGCCUUUUAUUCAAUUUCUAAUUGAUGGUUUAACGUGACCC